CUGCCCGUCAUGUCCGACACCGAGUCGGAGCGGGACUGGGAGAGCUUACUCAGCGAACCCCUGCCCGUGCUAUCCCGGCCGCUCAACGCGCUGCGCCGGUCUAACGCGGUCCCGAGCGAGGCGGAGGUGCAAGCGAUGGAGGCGUUUCUGGAGGAGUGCGAGGACCGUUCCUACGCUAUCGAAGACGCCAUCGACACGCUGAGAGACAGACACAGGGUUCUGCAGCGCACGAUGAAGAAGUGCCGGCGGGUGUUCUCCACGGUGCGCCGUCUCCCGCCCGACAUCCUGGGCGAAAUCGCAGGGCAUAUACGCGAUCGGAGCGGCGCUGUUGUCCCGCCGUGGGAGAUGUCACGCGUGUGUACGAGCUGGCGGUUGGCCUUGACGCGCUUCCCAUCGUUGUGGACGGCCCUUGCGACGGCGGAAGGGGAGAGCGGGAAGCUCCGGCUUCAGGUGGAACGCGGUGGUAAUGCUUUGCUACGCGUGAGAAUCGCGCCUCGUAGCAAGGAGGAGAUCGACUCACAUGUCGAGCUUAUCGUGCCCCAUACACAGAGGUGGGGGACGCUCCUGCUUGGCGCUCCGGAUUAUUCGGAGUUCACAACUGGCCGGCCCUUCCGUCGUGAAUUCUUGGAGCUGAUCCUGCCGCCUACAGCAACAUAUGAGCGCAUGUCGGAGCUCGUCCUGUGCUCCGAGCUCAUUCCUUGGAACACCUUCAAUGUCGCGGCGACAUUCCCCGCAUUACGCAAGCUAAGCAUGCUCAGGCUUUCUCGGUCGCCACUCACGACGGUGUUCCCCUGGGGCCAACUCACUCAUUUCUGCACGCAUGUCUCCAACAUCGACCCCGUCCACGUGCUCAGGAACGCUCCCAACCUUAUCCAUUUCGCAGCCAACGGCAGUCCGUCCGAAAACACUGACCAGACAGUGUUCACGCUCGCGCAUCUGCGCAGCAUCUAUCUCUCGACAGAGUACACCGGACUCUUGCCCCUUCUCGUCGCCCCGGCGCUUCAGGUAUUGGCGGUGCUCCCCUGGGCCGGCAGCAGGGCCAACGGGCUGUCCAUCAUCAAGCCCUUCCUGGAGCGUUCCUCUCCCCCACUGACCACACUCGUCCUCGAGAUGGGGAUCUGGUCGAUUGAUUUUAUUGAUUGGGACUUAGACGACAAGCUAGUUUCUCAAGAUUUGCGUCCAGUCUUGCGUCUCUGUCCCGUGCUUGAAUACCUGCUGCUGUACACCAGCCCCGGGCGGAACAGGGAGACUGGCCCCAGCGCGGAGACACUUGAGCCGCUGUUCACCGCGCUGGAGCGCGAGGACGGGCUGUGUCCGCGCCUCACGCACCUACUCCUCGGCGUCGGGAGCGCCCGGAGGCCCCACCGGGAGGGCUUCCGCUAUGACUUUGACGACUACGACUCGGACACGCCGGAUGCCGGCGUGGGCCGUGCCUUUCGGAGCAUGCUGCGCCGCCGUGCGAGCGCGCCCGUGGACGCCGCAUACGCGCGUCUGCGCUAUCUCCGGCUGGGCCAAGAGGACAAGCAGCUGCUCGAGCCAGAUGGCUUCGACUCCGACGAGGAGGACGAGGCGUUCCGGGUGCCAAAGGGGAUGGAUGCGCGCAUUGUUCAGCAAGAGGAGUUGGUGGAUGUCGCGGUGGAGUGGCGCGGGUUCCCGUUGGACUGGACCGCGAGCAUCCGGUCGGGGUACUAG